AUGUAACCAGUGUCGUUUUGCGCAUGGAGGGCGUGUGGGUUCCAAUUCAGAAGGACAAUACAGUACGCUGCGAUUCCUUCAUUUCCCGAGCGAUUCAUUGAUCAGAUUCGAAUUGUGUGAUUUAAUUUAGGGUUUGGGAGAUGGCGUCGAGUGUUUUGAGGAACCUGAUGAGAUUCUCUUCAUCGAGGAACACGAGCACCAGAAGUUUCAGCCUCGUAACCUCUCAAGUCAGCAACCACACCGCCAAGUGGAUGCAGGAUACAAGCAAGAAAUCGCCAAUGGAGCUGAUUAAUGAAGUUCCUCCGAUUAAGGUUGAAGGCAGAAUAGUUGCUUGUGAAGGAGAUACCAAUCCUGCUCUUGGACACCCGAUUGAAUUUAUAUGCCUUGACUUGGCCGAGCCAGCUAUUUGCAAAUAUUGUGGCCUUCGGUAUGUUCAGGAUCAUCACCAUUAGGACUGCUUUCUACAAGGAUUCUGGUGUGCAUGAACGGAAUUUUCUGCUGAACAUUGAUGUUUUUGGUUAAAAUGUUUCCCGACUAAAUCAUGUUGUAACAAAUAUACAUCUUUGUUACCAUUUGCUAAAUAAGAUGUUCAUGUUACCAUCUUCUGGUGAUGUGAGGUUACAUUCUUAUGUGCAGUUAGUAAUUGUGUGAGACUAGAAAUGCAGCUUCAUUGAUCGAUCUAUUCUAUAUAAGUAAUUCCUAAUUUGCAA